UCGCUCACUUCAUUACUUAUGAAGGUUUCUCUACGGACACAUGUUAUUAUUACAGAUAUUGUCUUAGAUGCACUUACAACAUACAAAAUAGUUGAAUAAAAAACAGGACUUCAAAAAAUGUUGGACAACUUAACUGGAGACUUUGCAGAAAUGGCAGAGUGCUGGAGCGAUGUUGGACGGUUUAUGUACCAAAAGCCUCAUGAGCAGCACCUAAACAAAUCCGUCUCGCAGGCGCUGUCGCCCGAGUCACCGCUGUCGAAUUACUCGUGCAGCAGUCCUGGAAGUAGCAGCAGCAGUUCUGGUUCGCCGGCCCCGCUCGGCGUCAAUCAGGAGCUCUAUGACGAUUUGCUGGAUUUUGACUUCAUUUUGUCAAACACCGUGGACAGUAACAUUUCCAUGUAUUCGGACGAUUGUGGUGGUCAUAUUAAGCACGAGCCCGGACUUUCAAGUUUACCAGAUUUCUCAUCGAGUUUCUUGGACAUACCCGACAUUAAGUUCGAUGCCUGUUGCGAAGAUGCAUUAGACUCGCUGUGUAACGUCGCUCCAGAAAUGGAGACGAACAAAAUGGACUUCGCGCGUGUGAAACAAGAAUACGCGUCAAACUGUGUUUCUUUCUGCGGCAGCACUAUGCCUACGGAAACGCGAUAUAAUCAUUAUAAAGAAUGUGGACCAACUCAGCAACACAUGCAUUACCCGCUCGUCAUUCCGCAAAGUCACUCAAAGGCUCCCGAACUUUUUGCGAACAAGUGCUUGUCAUCCAUGUCGUCGCCGAUUACGUCAUCAUUGACGCCGUCGUCGCAUCAGCCGAUGAGAUUACCCGUUUCUGGAAUGACCUUCCAGCAACAACAUCAAUACCAUCAGUAUCUGAUGGCCAAUCAAGCAGCGAUGCGGGGUCACAUGUCUCAGUUAACGCAAAGCAUGAUCUCGCCGCCUUCGUCGCCUCGACAGUUCGUCGACAUGCUUUCAAUGCCGCAAAGCAUCAUGGAUCCCAGCAUCGUUCAGCCGAAAAAACGCGGGCGACGGACAUGGGGCCGGAAGCGUCAGACGACACACACGUGCUCCCAUCCCGGUUGCAACAAAACAUACACUAAGAGCUCUCACCUCAAGGCCCACUUGCGCACGCAUACGGGCGAGAAACCUUAUUGCUGCACGUGGAAAGGGUGCGGCUGGAAGUUCGCGCGCUCCGACGAGCUGACGCGCCACUUCCGGAAACACACAGGCGACCGACCGUUCCAAUGUCACUUAUGCGAGCGCGCGUUUUCAAGGAGUGACCAUCUGUCUCUACACAUGAAGAGGCACAUUUGAGCUAGUCGGACAGUAGUGUGAUGGUGUUGGACAAUGAAUGCGCAGCAGCAAGCGGUUUCAAGAUUGCUAGUGCAAGUUUGAGCACGUGAUCCAUUGAACAAAAUGUGAGAACAAAAUUGAUACUAUAUGCCUAACUUGCAUAUUUUUAUAGUGUUGAUCUGUAUUGUGCACGAUGUUAUGAUAUCAUUUUUUGUGACACUUUUUCUCGGGACAGAAUGGAUCGUUGUUGGGGUGUAUACUUUUAACUGACUGGUUCAGUUUAGCCGGAAAGCGGUUACCUAGGGACCCUUCGAAAGGGCCACAGACGGGUGCUGGCCGCCCCAAGUGGCUUCCUAGAGAGGGGUCGGGUAGACCGUUAGAGAUGUAAAUUUCGUUUCAAAACACGAUACAUUGUUAAUGUAUCCGGGCCAUUUACGACUGUGAUUGUAAAGGCUAGCGAAACGGUCUGAAUUGUAAAGUAAUGCUCUGUUUAUAUGGAAAGUAAUGGUUACUUUAUUACAAUUGUAUAAUUCGACCCUGGAGUAGCUGGUUGUCUUUCACACGGCGUUGUUUUGUCGCUGGUCAUGAUGAUGAUUAUGUUGCAGUUUGUUUGUUGACUUGUUAAUCUGCAUGUAGUGUGAUUAUUCUCUCACUUGUUCUAUUCUAUAAUGAGCUCUGAACUUUUUUUAUACCUAUGUAACCUUUACAAAAUAUUUAAUCAAAAGGACGUGCACCGCAAAUUUAGAUUUGUAAAUUCGGUGCUUAUUACAACUCAAUAUCAAAAAUACUUACAAUACAUAUUUAUAUUUUGAGCUUUUAUGUAUACCAAAGUGCUAUAUUAAUUUGUAAAAUAAUAUCACCAAAGUAAAAUUUACGCACAUUAUAGAUUAUAUUUAUACUAUAUUGCAUGUUCCGUUUUUAGUUUCACUAUUAGUAAAAGUGAAUGUAAUGAACCAACUUUGUGCAAUACUUUGUGUUCAACAUCAUCUUCUCGUUUUCAUGACUGUUUGCAGACAAAUAAUUGGUAGACCUUGGAGGUCAAAUGACACAGUGUGUCUUAUUAGAAUAGCUUAAGAAUUUAGAUUAGUUUCAAAACUAUAUUACUCGGAAAUACGUAUUUUUGUAUUUGAAAUUGUAUAAAGUUGCAUACUCUUAUCUUAACUAACGAGUUAUGCAUAUAAAUAAAACACAUAAUUAUAAAGUAAAUGAGUAAAGGCAGUGUAGAACAAUUUAUUUUUUGCUUUCCAGUCUUUAUUGUUUGCCAGUUUAGUUAAUUAGUUGCUUUCUGGUGUUUUGAUGAAUGUUACACGCCUAUGUUAGUGCUUGCGUAUUUGUUAAUGUUUGGUGCCAAUUUCUAUAUUUUCUAUAUUGUAUUAGUUUUAUUAUUUGAAUCGUUAAGUGCUCCUAGUCAAUUACAGUGAACGAGUGCCAUUCCAUUUCUUGUGGUUUAUGUAUAUUUGUAUGCUGUUACAGUUUAAAAGAGUUUGUAUGCUGUUACAGUUUAAAAGAGUUAUAUAUUUUUGUAACAUAAAUCAGAAUUUGAGAUCAAAGCAAAUUUUUAAUAUCCUUAAUUGUUAUUGUUACAUUUUUAAAAAAACGCACAACGAACAUAUUCAUUAUUGAGAUUGGUAGUUUUGUAUGAUAUUGUAUUGCCAAAACAAUUUAUUGGUGCCUUCAUUGAUAUUCUACUUAAUGAAAUUAUUAGGACAGUUACAUCGAUUAUAUUAAGUGUGUGCCUUCUAAUUGUUGUUAUUAAACUGCAAGUUUUGUUUAAUUGGUUUUGAUUGAUUGAAUCUGUUUUAUAAAAAAGCUGAGAGAGAUAUCUCGCUAUUCCAUAUUGGUUGUACUAUGAACGAAAAUAAAAUGUUAUUAUUUGAA